GGGAGCGCCUGUUCGAAUCAGGCCCACGUCGAUUUCCUUUCUAGUUGCCGUGGCAACGCCGACGACUUGACAGGCUGAAUCACCGGCUAAAAGUUUUGCCCAGGAGGUUUUGCCCAGGAGGGCGUACGCCGAGGCCACCUGCGGUGUAGGGUGGACGGGGCACUAGUCGUGGCUACAGUGGCCCGCAUGCCUACCCUCCUAAAUGGAGGGGAGGGAAACGGCUAGUAAGACGGCCAUCACGCCGUCGGAGCGCCCUACGGGCUCAAGUCGCUGUAUGGACAGUACGAUGGAGGACCCCUCUGUUUGUAUGUAUCCAGCUCAGCGCGUCCACACAUGCCACAGGCAUUUCGUGGAGCCACUGCGUGGCGCCACACGGGAAGUUAAGCGCGAACAACAACAACAACAACAACAACAACAACAACAACAACAACAACAAGCAUCGCCGAACGAGUUGGCGCCCCUCUAGUGAACUGAGCAGACCACAGCCCCCGUCUAUAGCAAUGUAGACAGCUGCGGCCUCACCCGAUCCACGAUCCAGUGACGGUGGUGAUAACGAGGGAGCGGAGCCAGCAGUCGACAGCAGUCGACCCCAGCGAGGAGUUUGAAGAUACUGAUGUAGGAGACGGAUCCG